AGCUCCGCAGCGCGGCGGCGCCGGGACCGCGGCGCAGCCCCGGGGACAGGGCUCGGCCCGGCGGCGCCGCCGCCCCCGGGACAGACGCGCCCGCGGCAAGAUGGGCGCCCUGGCCCUGGCCCUGGGGAUUUUCCACUACCUGGGGCUCUACCUGCAGCUCGGCGCCGCCUCCCGGCACCCCCAGUGGGACGCCCCGGCGGCGGGCAGCGCCCUCUUCACUGAGACCCCCCAUGACAUGACGGCCCAGGCGGGUGAGGACGUGGAGAUGGCGUGCUCCUUUCGAGGCAGUGGCUCCCCCUCCUACUCCCUUGAGAUACAGUGGUGGUACGUCCGCAACCACAAGGACUGGACGGACAAACAGGCGUGGGCUUCCAACCAGCUUAAAGCAUUGCCACAGGAGGAGCCUGCGAAGGAUGCAACAAAAAUAAGCGUGGUGAAGGUGGUCGGCAGCAACAUCUCCCACAAGCUGCGGCUGUCACAGGUGAAGCCGGCGGACGAGGGGACAUAUGAGUGCCGGGUGAUCGACUCCAGCGAUGGCAAGGCGCGGCACCACAAGGUGAAGGCAUAUCUGCGGGUAGAGGCGGCGGGGGGCGUGGGGCACCCCCAGGACACCCAGCUGCGGGGCGCCCCACUGCUGGACCCCGCCGCGCCGGGCUCAGCCCAUGCGCACCACCACCACCAUCACCACAAAGCCGGGAAGGAGCUGAAGAAGCGCUCGGUGGACGCCUCCUGUGUGCUGUAGGCAGGCAGUGCCGGGGGGAUGCCGGAGCCCCCCACCACCCUGGACUCAGUGGAGCUGGCGAGGGUCCACGCCCCCUGCCAGAGACUGGUCCCACCACCCUUUCUCACCCACUGCUCCCUCCUCCCACUGGCCGCUGCUGGCUCAGUUUCUUCCCCAGCCCUGUGGUGCAGGGGUGCCAGGGCUCGGUGUGGGAGCAGGACCGAGUCCGCGCCAGGGGUCACAUCGCUGGGACCAUGCCUGGGCCAUACACCCACACAUGGUGGUCCCCAUCCCCACUGGCCCUGUGUGGGCAGGUACCCCACUGCUUGCUGCCACCCACGGUGCCAUGGGCCGCGUUGUGCCCCAGCUUUAUGUGCCCGGCGGAGGCACCCCCUGCCCGCAGGACCCUCCCUGCCUUCCCUAGUGCUUUGCAGAACCAACAGUCCGUUCCCGUAGGAGGCCCAGUUUAGUUGCUCUGUUCCAGCCCCGCAGUGCGUAUAUAAGUUCUAGCAUCCAUCUUACAGACCGUGUAUAUUGCCCCUCCCUGCCCCUGCCUUCCCCAAAGCCGCCCCAGCAUGUCAAGGCCUGAGCUCAGUGGCGGAAGGACGGCACGGCAUGGCAUGCUCCCGGCACACUCCGGCACACUCCCCAGCACAGCUGUGGUGCUGCGCGUUGUGCUGCGGCUUCACCCAGCCAGGCAGCUGCCUGUGGCCCAUGUGUGCCCGGGGAGCCGUGCUGUUGGGCCUGGCUUGCUUUCACCCAUUGGUCCUCCUGGCCCUUUGCAUUUCAUGGAGGACAGAAGGCUCGGCUGUCAGCCCCAGCUGCCCUCUCUCCACCCCGGCCGCCCGUGCCAGCGCAGCUCUCGGCCCCCACUCGUGGCCAAGCUCCCCUUCCUCCACGGCACCGCGCUGCCCUGGACAGGGUCCGGCUCAUGGGCUCCUGCAUCACAGUGCAAAUGGCAGAGCCCAUCCCCAAUGCCCCCAGGGGUAAACACCGCUGCUGGGGACAGGGCCACAGGGAGGGAGAGGGGGGUCCCAGGCCUCCCCAUCCGGGUGCCAGGCGCUGCUCCCCUGCCGCCGCUCACCCACGCCGCCAAGCCUGCCGCCACCAGACCUGCUGCAGCUAAUAAAGCUCUUU